AUGAAUUUAGCGCGUAAAGUCUGCACAGUCCACCAUAGUUAUGUCACCAAAAACCUUUACCGAAAGUUCCGAUUUUCUGCAAUAAACUAUGAUAAUUCAAGUGCAACACAGCCACAGGUAAAAGAAGAAAAGUUCAACUUCGAAGACAUCAACACUCUAGAACGAACUGAGCGUCGCAAAGCUCAAAUUCAGCCUUUUAUGAAGGAUGUAUUCACGUCUAUAUUCAACAAAGAAUUACUGGCUUAUCCCGAGAUUUUAAACAAAGAGGAGACUGAAUCUUUAGAGAAACGUAUCGAUGCUAUAACCAACGUGUUUGAGAACCCACAUAAAACAGCUGAGGAUCGUAGAAAUGUGUUAAAAAACACCAAAAUAUAUGCUGCGCCUGUAAGUCUCACAAGAAAUGGUUUAGCUGCCAAUAUAACGGAGAGUUUAAGGUAUUUAGAGGCAAUAGCCGGUGAUUUCCAACUUGGCCAAGAGAUAAGUGACCACUGGGUAGCCCUCCGGGCUCUGCAAGAAGGUUUAUCUCAAGAGCAAUUGUCUAUGAUCCUUGAUGAUCUGAUAUCCGGUGAUAAUCCAGUGUCUCUAGCUAUUAAAGAGAGGGUUGCUGAGAGGAUCUCACAAGCGGACUUCAGGACUACUGCUGAAAUGGAUAGCCAAGGAAUAUGGUACAUCAAUGGUGAGAAGGUCUGCAAUUACAGCAACGGUUACAUCUUGGUGCUGGCUUCGUAUGAGUGCUCACAGUUGAGAGCAUUCCUCAUUCAUCCCGGAGCAGCCGGAGUCAGUUCUAACGGAGCUUUCGUUUCUUUUAAGAAGACUCCAGCGACUCCACUGGAAUUGAUAAAAGAUGACAAGUUAGCGAAGAUCCUCGGACUGUCGCGUCUGUUCGCGGCUGUCCUCUGCCGCUGCCAACUGUCUGCUGCUGUCCAGAGCGUGAUAGACUACACGAGGCCCAGAGCUUUCUCUGGCAAACCUCUAGCGGAGCUGGCAACGAUACAGUCCAGUGUUGGGAAUGCGUUGCUUGAUAUUUACGCGAGUGAAAGCGCUGAGUACUUCACUGCUGGACUCCUGGAUGGAUAUGCUGACCCUGAUGCUGAGGUGGAAGUGGCUAUGUGCAGAAACUUCAUAGCUAACCACGGCUUGACGUCGAUGCUCCAAUUGCUAAAUAUCCCAGCGCUGGACAAGGAGGAGGAAUGCAAACAUUUGCUGGACAACAUGCGACAUAUAGCCACCAGGGGAGAGACCCUCGACAGUAUUAACAUGUUUAUUGCGCUAAACGGCAUCCAUCACGCCGGCAAGGUAAUGUCGGAAGAGGUGAAACAGAUCAGGAACCCACUGAUGCAUCCAGCUUUCAUAUUCAAGAAGGUUUUAGCUAAUAGACAUCAGGAAAAAGACGAUCCAAAACUGACCCUGUACCUGGCGGAAUAUCUUCACCCCACAUUAAAGCAGCCUUCAGAACAGCUGGAGUACUGUGUUCUUCGGAUGAGGUUCGCCUGCGAGACUCUUAUGGCGAGACACGGCGUCAAAAUCGCUUCGGCUUACACAGAACUGAAUCGAUUGGCUGAAGCGGGGACUGAGAUAUUGGUUAUGUCAGCAGUCUUAGCGAGGGCAUCAAGAGCAUACUGCAUUGGCUUAAGAAAUGCUGAAGUGGAAAUGAAACUCGCCGCCUGUUUUGUGGAGAAAACUCGAGAUAAAGUAAGAAAAUUGAUCAAAGAAAUAGAUGAUGGCGAAUAUCUGAACUUGGACUUUUUUACUACCCAAUUUGGUAGGAAAGCGCUCGACAGUAAUGCUACCAAUCCUACCUUGGUAGAAAAAGCUACCGCGAGAGUGUUUUGGUAG